AUUCUUUCAAUGAAUUUUUAUGACUUUAAAUUUGUAUUUUAUUUGGCUAUAUCUUGGUGUAACUUGUUGGAAGUUGAUGGGAUUACGGUAGCAGAGCAGUUGAAGGAUGUCCUUAUGGAAGGUUAUGACAGCUCAAUCCGCCCAGUUAACAAUGAGAGAGACAUUCUUAUUAUCAAUAUUUCAAUGAAUACCAUGUCUGUUCUAACACUAGAUCCUGCUGAAGAAACCAUCAAUUUCUCAUCAGAAUUUAUACUUCAAUGGAAAGAUGAAUUCCUUUUUUGGAACAAAUCAGACUAUAACAUCACUUGGCUGAAACUCAAAGAAUCAUUUUUAUGGACUCCAGACACUACUGUAUCUACAAGUAUUGAUACUAAUUAUCUGAUAGAUGCUUCGGAAAGAUAUGUAUCUGUGAAACACGAUGGAACAGUUCGACAGAGUAUUUAUGCUGUUUUUACGAAUCUCUGUGAUAUGAACGUUGAUAAAUUCCCAUAUGAUCAACAGACAUGUAUGAUUAAAAUGGGUCCAUGGAGUUAUACGACGCAGGAGGUUACUUGUAUUGUUGGAAGGGAUAUUGCGCCAAAUGACACUGAUUUCGGAGAUUUUCAUGGGAAUUCCGAGUGGGACUUUGAAGGAAUUGUCAGUUCUGUGGGAGAAACAGAGGAUCCAGAUGUUAAUUUCACAUUUUCGGAAGUUCAUUUUGCGUUGACCGUAAAACGGCGACCUCAAUUCUACGUGUGGGUACUGCUUAUUCCAACAUAUAUUAUCACAGUUGUUUGCAUUUUUGGAUUAUUUACCCCAACUGCCAAUCAUGGAUUACGAGAAGAAAGGGUCAAUUUGGGAAUUACAACACUUUUAUCAUCUGCUGUUAUCUUACAAAUUGUUGCUAAUGCAAUGCCAAAAACUUCAGAACUUCCACUUUUAGGAAACUUCAUAUUGGCUGAAAUCUUCGUAGUCGCGAUUGGUGUACUAUUUGCAGUUCUCGUAUUAACCCUUCAUCAACGUGCUCAUACUCGAGAAUGGAGACCCCCUGCAUGGAUGUUAUGGAUACUUCGAAUGACUGGAUCAUCAAAGUUCUUGUCAAGAAAUAUUACGAAGAUUCGACAUAAAAGUAGUACGGCUGAACGGAUUCAUUAUACUGGAGAAGGAGCGUAUCUGUUCAAAAACCUCGACGAAUCUCUUCAAUCAGUGCGUGAAUAUAUUCAGGAAGAAGAUCGAGACUAUUUCAGAGAACUCACUUAUGUCAAAUUUUUUGAUCGAUUGGACUUUCUUCUUCUUUUCAUUUUUCAAGUUGGAAAUGCUUUGGUCACUUUAUUCCUUGUUAAACAAUAA